AGGGCCCUCAGCAAGUGCCGAUAACAAAAAAACAAGUGCAAUCAGCUGCAGCCGGUCCUUGACAGUGACAUUGCGAAAGUUCUGUCAGUCGGCUAGCAGCCGCCGAGGCGAGCGGUGGUCCCCACGAUGAUUCUCGCGAUCGCGCACUCAGUGAAAGUUCGUUAGAGAACUGCGAUAUGCGGCGCACGAUCGCCUUUCUGUUUGUGGCGUCAUGGGCAUCCCUGGGCCACGGCUACGACUACGCGUCGUCGUGCGCGCGCCCCGCCCGCGCCGGCCGCCGCGCCCCCGCCGCCCCCUGCGACCUCAGCCGCCACCACUACUGCACCACGCCCGGGACGGGGUACCCCUGGCAUGCUAUCAGGAGAUUCGUGAGGGAGAACCAGGGUUUGAUGAGGAGAAUGUAUGGAGAAGAACGCCAUAUAGCUGUGUUGAAGGCAGAAUUAGAAAAUUUCAUAGAAGAUGACGAAGAAGAAGAAAAGAAAACUGAGGAAUUCUCUGAAGAUAUAAUCAAGACCAAGAUGAUGUACACCAAGAAACACCACGGAGACACGCGUGCCAUGAAGGUCAAACCCCACUUUAGACCAAUCCAAAACACUCCCGACAAAAACAAAAAGUAUGACAAUGAUACUCUCAAAGUAAAACCCCUGAGCAUCACAAAAAAUGCCACCAAAGUGAACAAUACAGACACUGGAAACCGAACUGAAAUAACCAACAAUGAAACAAUCAAUGAAGACAAAGGAAUAUCUUACAAAACUAGGUUGGAAAGCAUAGCUAAUGUUGAAAUUAAUAACUUGGACCCGGACGUGAUAACCCUCGAAGCUGUUAUAAAACAGAGCAUUGAGACUAACAGCAUCAUUCCUAGCUUCCCAAGCACAAAAAGUUCAGCGGCAGACAUAAAUGCUUUAACCAACGACACGGUCAUAGAAAAAGACGUUAAAACUACAACAGAAGUAGUAAAUUCUACAGAUCAGUCUACCGUUAGUAUCGAUCGUGUCGAUGUCGAAGAUGUCACUACCACGGAACCUAAUAAAGAAGAUUGGAAGCCGAUGUCAGGAGACACAUCCACGCUGCCUCCAACGCUUCUAUUCUCAGAACAUGACAAGACCAAGAACGUGGACAAUACGGUGAAGAAAGAAGAGACGGUGAAAGAGGAGUUUCAUCCAAAGCCGGUGCAUCAUCAGGAGACGGUGCGGCCAGCCGUAAUCAAGUUGAGAGGAGCCAACGCAUGCGAGUCUAAAGAAGAGAUGGCGGCCCCGUUCUGGGCCAACAGCACGCGCGGCGAGGUGCUGGCGCUGCUCAACAUGUACCCGUUCGAGCAGUACAUCCACAUGGAGACCUGCGUGCACGAGCGCAAGCAGAUGUACUGCCGGGAGGGAUGCAGAUGCGAGCAACAAUACCGCCUGCACCGCCUCCUCGCCUACGACCCUCGCAAUGAGUGCCGAGGCAUCUUUGCGGACUGGUUCAAGUUCCCCGCCUGCUGCGUCUGCAAGUGCUAUGACGUGCCCCUGGAGUUCCGCGCCCGGUCGCCGAGGAUCCUCCAUCCUCAGUAUGGGGAAGAUGUGAAGAGAGCUAUCUAUGAGGAUGUGGCCAGGGACUGGUAUGCGAGGAGCUUGGAUGAAGAGGAAGACUUGUUAUAGAUCCAGAUGCUACAACAAAUCCCACCUAACAUGUUUACU